AAUAAAUCUCCGACAUCAUAUUUGUCCAAGCGAGGCUUCCGUUUCUCUCCGACAUAUUGUCUGCGGACAGCAAAUUCUGGAAGGCUGAGAGCGCCCAAGGAUUACGAUUUAUUUAUCGUAAGAAACGGAGCUAUCGGACACAUCUGAUAAAAUGGAAACCACAGCGAGUCCCGCGAAGGAUAACUACAGAAUGAACCGCUACAAGAACAAGGCCCUGAACCUGGAGGAGAUGCGCCGCAGGCGAGAGGAGGAGGGCAUCCAGCUCCGGAAGCAGAAACGAGAAGAGCAGCUGUUCAAGAGGAGAAAUGUGGAGAUGCUGAAUGAGGAGGUGGGAGUCUUUGACAGCCCCCUCAUGGAUGCCUUCAUCAGCUCCACUACAGCUGGGGAGGGCGUCAUCACCAGAGACAUGGUGGAAAUGCUCUUCUCUGAAGAUCCUGAACUCCAGCUUGCCACCACACAGAAAUUCAGAAAGCUUCUGUCAAAAGAGCCGAAUCCUCCCAUCGAUGAGGUUAUCCACACCCCUGGUGUUGUGGAGAGGUUUGUGGAGUUCCUGAAGAAAAGUAUCAACUGCACACUGCAGUUUGAGGCUGCCUGGGCACUCACCAACAUCGCCUCCGGGACGUCCCAGCAAACCAAGAUUGUGAUCGAAGCUGGGGCGGUGCCCAUCUUCAUCGAGCUCCUUAACUCUGAUUUUGAGGAUGUGCAAGAACAGGCCGUGUGGGCUCUAGGGAACAUCGCAGGUGACAGUGCUCUGUGCAGAGACUAUGUACUAAACUGUAACAUCUUGCCACCUCUUCUAAUGUUGCUGACCAAGUCCACCAGACUGACAAUGACCAGGAAUGCAGUGUGGGCGCUAUCAAACCUGUGCCGAGGAAAAAGUCCAGCGCCUGAGUUUGAGAAGGUUUCGCCGUGCCUGCCCGUCCUGUCCCGGUUGCUGUUCAGCAGCGAUCCAGAUCUGCUGGCGGACGCGUGCUGGGCCCUGUCCUACCUCUCAGACGGGCCCAACGAGAAGAUCCAGGCCGUCAUCGACUCCGGGGUCUGCAGGAGGCUGGUGGAGCUGUUGAUGCACACAGACUACAAGGUGGCCUCACCAGCCCUGAGGGCUGUGGGGAACAUUGUCACCGGUGAUGACAUUCAAACACAGGUGGUCCUGAACUGCUCCGCCCUGCCCUGUCUCCUGCACCUCCUGAGCAGUGCCAAGGAGUCCAUCCGCAAGGAGGCCUGCUGGACCAUCUCCAACAUCACGGCGGGGAACAGAGCACAGAUCCAGACGGUAAUAGACGCCAACAUCUUCCCCGUCCUGAUUGAGAUUCUCCAGAAGGCGGAGUUCCGCACACGGAAGGAGGCGGCGUGGGCGAUCACAAACGCGACCUCGGGCGGGACCCCUGAGCAGAUCAGGUACCUGGUGAACCUGGGCUGCAUCAAACCGCUGUGUGACCUGCUGACCGUCAUGGACUCCAAGAUUGUGCAGGUGGCGCUCAACGGCUUGGAGAACAUCCUCAGGCUGGGGGAGCAGGAGGCCAAGAAGGACGCCAAGCAAAAUGGCAGCGGCAUCAAUCCCUACUGCGGCCUGAUCGAGGAGGCCUACGGGCUGGAUAAGAUUGAAUUCCUGCAGAGUCAUGAGAACCAGGAGAUCUACCAGAAAGCGUUCGACCUGAUCGAGCACUACUUCGGCGUGGAGGAGGAGGACCCAAGCCUGGCCCCGCAGGUGGACGAGAACCAGCAGCAGUACCUCUUCCCCCAGCAGGAGGCGCCCAUGGAAGGCUUCCAGCUAUAACUGCUCCGCCCCUUUUCGGCCCCCUCCCUCCCCCCCCCCCCCCCCCGCGCGCAGUCACACCAUCGAAACCUACCGGUACGCGGCCGGGCCCGGCCGGGACGCCGCCACCAUUCCGAUCCAAACGCCCACCACCAAAGGCCCAAGCCUGCCGAGACGACGAGCAGCACCACACCACCACUGCUUCUGUUGCCCAUGGUAUAUUCCUACUGGUUUCUCCAGUACUCGCGUUUUCACCAUCUCUAGAGCCACAUUUUGCCAGACACCAUUUCAGAAUAGCACUAGGCAGCCCGGGUCGGAAUCCUUCGGGAGCACAGUGCAUGCUUUUUGGAGAACUCUAGGAUCCCAACGCUGUAGGAUCAGAAUAAAACCUGUCUGACGUGAGGAGAGAUCUUCCUUUUGGGAAAGAAAUGGGUAUUUUUUUUUCUCCCCUCUCCGUUCUGUCUGUGCGGGUAAUGUCAGUGAGCCACGUAUUUAUAUACUGCAACAGAAAAUGGUGCUCAGCUGCGAUGUGUCCCAGAAUCUAAAACGCAUCAUUCGUUCUCAGACCUUCUGUCUUUCCAACAUAAGAUAUAGUAUGUGUCACUGAGUGAGUUUGACACUGGAUAUCUAAGGUUCUUUUGCUACUGAUACAGAAAGUAUUUGUUUUCCUUAUAUUUGUUUUAUGUUCCCACAAUUUUUGAAUUUGCAAGAGAAUGACCUUAAUUUGGUUUAAUUAAUUUUUUUUUUUUUGUGGGCUUUUUUGGGGGGAGGGGGGAGGGUCUGAGAAUUAAUUUAGGGCAGGGACCUGGGGUAGAGGCAGCAUGAAUUGGUGGUUGGAACAUGGGUUGGGGCUACUGGAGAUAUCUUGGAAGAGGUUUGUGAGUUUCACAAUGUAUAGGUUAGUAGCUGAUCAAAGGUGAUAUAACUAGUGAUAUAAUAUUUGUUGUGUGCCGUGUUAUUAAUAACGAUAAAUUUAAAGUAUCGAAUAAAUUAAUGAAUAGAUGCAAGAUUUAAAAGUACACAUCUGAGGGGGCAGGGCAGCUGCCUGCAGCAGCACAUUAUGUACAUUUGUCAAACGGAGCUUAUUUUUUAUAUAUGCAUAUAGGUAUAAAGAUCUUUACAUUUUGAGAGUCUUAAUUUGGCUUUCAUGGUUUUUUUUUUCAUUUGUUUUUUGUUUUUUAAAUUGAAGCCCAAUGUAAAUAGAGAUGCUGUUAGCAUGUAGCCCAGGCCUCACAUACCCCCAGUUUGUGUACUUUAUGGUUUCGCAUGGUGUUAAUAUUAUAUUGCCGUCAUUUUGCCUCCCUUGCCAAACACUUGGAGAUAAAUAGGAUGUGGUGUUACACAACUCCUGUCAGCUGAACAUUGAAAAAUAUUAAAAUAAAACAUAGUGAUGUUCGGGGAAAAAUAGUCGCAAGAUAAGUUACAAUUAACCUGAAAUUGCAUGUGUCUGACCCAUAGGAUGGUGAGUAGGACCUACAACUUUUGUCCAAAGAUGGUUUUGGACGAUGAGAAUUUUCAGUGCAAGGCUCCAAGUUUUUAAAUUGUACCGAACCACUUUAAAAAAGAUGCAUGUAGCACCACCGAUUCAUCUUUUCUCCAGCAGUUAUAGUGCCCAGUUGCAUUGUCCCUCCACAUUGCUGAGGCAUAGCUGGACUAUGUGUAUACCUGUGUGCGAGAGCUUGAAGAAGUACAAACCAGUGCACUGGUGAGGACAUAGUUUUUUUUAGGAGACGCUGUUUUGGGGCUUUGGCUCGGUCUCGUUUAAGAUGUUACAAAUCCUGUGGCACUUGGAGGUGCUCCUCGGCUUACUGCCCAAGGUCCCAGACUGAAUCGGAGCAACCAGGCAGCCUUUCACCAGUGUAAUGGGAUACGCAAGUUCUUGUGCCGACUAGCUGGGUUUAUUGGUAGUGAUGGGAAAGAGUGGCCUCUAUAAAUCUGAAACCCUUGAAAGGCGUUGCCUCAUUGACCGUUGUAUUAUUGUUAGACACAAUUUGAAUUGCGCAUGUAGUUGUUGCUUUGAUUUCCUGAUGAAAGAAAGGGAGCAGUUCAUGUGGAAUAUUGGCCAGCCUUUCACUUUUAGGUACUCUCAAGCUGUCCUGGCUUGGUGCAGAUAUGUCUGCUUGUAUUUCAGUUGGCAUGACAAACUUUCUUGCCCAUUGUUAGUUUAAGGAUAAUAGUUAAUAACAGAUGCAAUUUAUUUGCGCAACUGUCAAAAAAGGGUUUGCAACAAUCCCGAAUACUAUAUUAAUGACCAGUACCUUUGUUGUUAAAUGUGGAAAACCUCUCCAGACACAGUAAUUUAAGAAUGUUGUUUCAGACCUACACAAUGGCAGCUGAAUUGUAAGAUCUCUUCAGUCUAGUUACUAGGCGGUGUUUGGAUGGGAAAUGUAUUAGGGCGUUUGAUGGGUCAGAUUGAUGCAUGGUUUAGGGAGACGUCUUUGUCUUCCAAUGUUCCUCACCUGAAAAGCUCUUGCUGUACAUAGUUUAUUACUAUAUAUUUUUAUAUAUUUGUUCUUUCCCCCAAAAUCCAUCUAGCUGAUUAUUCUCAAGCUUUGGCAAGGGAAAGAAGUCUUGCAUUUAAAGGCAAAUGUAACCAGAAAUUUAAAAUAUAUAUAUAUAUAUAAAUAUAUUUGCACACACUACUUUCACACAUGCAUACAAGACCAGCCAACACUGUACACACUUAUACCCACCAUAGCUACACAACACAACAGAGGAAAAUGGCUUCCAUAAUCUAGCCUUGAAGGAAAAUCUUUGCAUGGCUUUUUUGUGCAGGCUAGAACAGAAUUGUCUUUGACGUUCAUGUGUAAAUGCGCUCUGGAUUCUUUUCUUCCUUUUCUAGAUUUUCAGCUUCCUUUAAAAAAUAAAAAUGAGAGAAAAAAGAGAGUGAGAGGCACCCUCACUCACCCUGUGAUCACAUUGGUGGGUCAUGAGCCCUUGUGAAUUUGGAGUAAUGCUGGCUGUUUUUUUUAACAUCCCUUUGCUUACCUCUUUAAAAAACUGUGACUCUGCUGUUUUGUGGUGACAGUAUAGCCACCAUAUUCUCAAAUUGUGGAAGCGUUUUUCUCUACCUCUGCGCCAUACGGACUGGAUUGGUGCUUUAUCGGGUUGGGGAGGGCGUGGUUGACAGCUAAACAUUUUGGCAGUUGACAUUGACAGACAGGUUCUGUGUGAAGGGCAAGUUUGUCCUAUAUGUGUAUGCCCACCUUUAUUCACCUCAGACUGUGGGUCUUGCUCUGCGGUUGGUUAGUUAUUGAAACCUGAACCAACCAGUUUGUGCAUAUACCGUUGACAGUUGGUGGACAGAGUCCGUUUUUCUUUCUCUCAAUAUGUUGAGAAUUUCAGUCAUUAUUUGGAUGUGACAAGCUAUGGUUCUUUGACCUUAUUCCUUCCUUAAUUGACUUUAUACCUGAACAUUCUAACCCUCUUUGAUUUGUAGUAAAUUUGUCAAGACCAUUGCCUGAACUAUCCUGUUAUGAACCAAGUCACAAUGCGAGCUCUUGGGUGUGUUAUGUCAGUUAUUGGUUAGAUGGCCAACAGGUAGCUCCCAGAGAAAUGGGUUUCCUGGUUACCCUGAACAUGUAACAUUUUAAAUACAGUGACUUGCAGAAAAAUAGAAAAAGAAAAAAGAAAAGACAAAUAUCUGCAAAGUGGCAACAAAAAGCAAAAAAUUAAAAAAGUGCCAUCGAUCAGAACUUGCAGAGCAUGUAUUUAUUUUCUUUUGCCUGACAAAGUUGAUCAGGUUACUGUGGGAUGUCACUGUAUUUUUACCCAAUGGAACCAUCGCCUCUGUCUAGCUUUCUUGAAUCUGUAUUCUAAGCACAAUCUCUAAAAUUGAUUUGUUGAUUGUUACUCUCUGUACACCUAUGAAACAUAUUGUUUGAGACAUUUAACCUUUCAGCAUACUUCGUUUUUGAAGUCAAAGCCUUUCAUUAAAUAAUUCAUUUCUUUCAAUUCAGUCCUUCUGCUUGAAAGAAACACAAAAUCCUUUGUUCCCGGUUCAGUACCCUCACCUGAUAUUGAAAUCUGCUGUUAACUAUGCAAAAUGGGAGUGAGGCCUUCUGACCGAGGGCACUUGCUUUGAUCCAUGUUAUUUCAAAUUAUGUAGAAGUGUUCUUUUUUUCACUGCCCCCCUUCUCUCUUAUUUGUUGCAUGCUGUUUGGAAAAUUUCAGAUUGUCAGCAGCUAAAGUGUUUAGUUUUGGGAGAGGUGGGGAAGGUGUUUUCACCACAGUCUCUUCAAAUAAAAGAGCAAGAAUACUUGCCAACUGGCAUACAUUUUUUGAGGUGAAAAAUAGGGAAAACGUUAUUUUAAAUUUAAACCGCUUAUAACUGCAUGACUUACAGUGUAGAUAAAUUAUUGCCCUGGUUGAGUUUAGCAGGCGAUCUGUUUGUGGUUUAUGGAUGACGGGUCAGCCCACGGCUGCUUUGGAAGUACUCCCCAACCUCCGACUAUGCUUCACCUCAUUGGCUCGCUGCUAAAACCUCGCUCAACCUGUGCCUGUUGAACACGCUCCAGGUUCUUUUGUAGCUUGUUAGUUUUUGUCCUGUUAUUUUCAAGACCAGUGAGGUAUAAAGAAAAGAGGAACAAACAAAUAAAUAAAAAAAUUAAGAAAACAAACAAUGCACUCCUAUUCACAAAAGUGCCAAUCCGACCAAUAAAGACUGAAGGUUGAUGUAUAUCGUCUGUCUUUACGACUUUGUUUUUUACUUGAAUAUGCACAAAUAGUGUGCAGAUUGUUGCUGCUUUUUUCCUUACCUAUAAAAUUGCAUUACCCACUACAAUUUCUGUAAAGAAAUGUGGCAUAGUUGCAGUUGGUGCACUAAAUUCUUUUAUCGGAUCAGAAUAGAGGAAUUAAUCAUUUAAGGUGUAUAUUGUUCAUUUUUCUAAUUUAUUCUGUGGUACUUCAUUCAGAAUUCAUCAGACCGAAGUCAGUGCUGUUGUAAUUGCUUUUUUUCCCCCUGUCUGCUUUAAUGCUGCAAACCCAAGUUGCAAAUGUGUUCCAGGAGUUCAGCGUCUCGUCAGUCCCCAGUGUUAGUCAUGAUGUGUGUACUUUUGACACUGUUGCGUACUUUCAUAACUGGGUUUUGCAAGGUGGUAUAGGCUCUUGAAUAUGAUCAGCCACAUUUUGACGAGUGAUAGUGCUAGUCAGUUUUUCAGGGAUGUAGCUUCAAGCAGUGUGAAUACAAACCAUUUUGGUGUAGUGAUCGUCCGACUAAAUGUAUACUUUUUAAAAAUUGCUACAUUUAGUCACCGGCUUUGACGUUUUCUUGCAUUUACCUACAUGUGUAAUGUCUUGUUUUGUUCUACGUAAAAAUUUAUUUCAAACAGAAUCAUUUAUAAAGUUUCAAGACAUGAUUUAUAAAUUGAGUGAAAAUGGGUUAUUUUUCUGAAUUUAAAAAAAUUGACAUCUAUUUGGAGUAGCAAUAAGAUGAGGAUUUCAGACUAAAUAUCAUCAACUCUCCUCUCAAACACUCCUUCAGGUAUAUUGUUCAGGCUCUUGACCGUAUUGUUGGUGUACAUAAUUGAAACCACUGCUUGACUACAUAAAGUCCUGGCUUCAAAUGUAAUGAACUCGUUUACAAAACAGAGUAUCGUAUCAAGUAGAGCUCUGGUUAUAGGGUAUUUCAUAUGAAUGAAUACAGCAAUUGUCCUGAUGUAAUUGCAUUUGCUUCUGAGAAGUGUUGAAAAUGAUUCAAAUGUAUUUUGCUUUAUAUCGACAAAAAAGGAAAUGCAAGUUAUUUCUUGUCUUCCGUCCUGGAUAUUGUACACUUUGUAAUGAUCCAUAGCAGACAUAUCCAUUAUUGUCCCAUUACAGAAUAUCUUCCCACAGUUUUUGUUUUCAAACUUCUAAGAGUGCUGACCUACAACUGUUUACAAAAUGUUUAUCAUAUUGGUAGAAAACUAAUUUUCAUAUAUUUAAAGUGGACAGCCCAGAUAUUUUGUUUGCUCCUUCAAUUUCCUUCCUUUUAAAUGUUUUUAUUUUGAGUCCUUUUGAUAGCUUGCUAUUGCCCAUGUUACUUGACGUGCGACGGACUUUACUUUACCGACCGUAUGAAUGAGUGACAGCACACUGAUAUACAUGUAAACUGAUCAUGACACACAAACAUGAACACACAAAAACAAACAUGAAAUGCAUUCAAAUGUCCAGAAGUUUUUUUCUUAUGGUUACAAGUAAUGUACAGAAAAAUGAAAAAAAAUAAAAUCAUCUUGCAAUUCA